GUCCAUUGUUCAGGAUUGUAGUGGUGUAUGUCCAGCGCCGUCUCCAUGUCCAUAUAUCUCACUCGUAUAAUACAUACACCACGUGUAACGUUCUCGUCGACACACGUCUCUGGCGAUCCGAUACAAAUUCCGAGCGUUCCAUGUCCUGUUCCGACACGCAACUCCCAAUAGCUCGGUGAAUGGUAACCUCACGGGUACACUCCAUACAUCCCUAGCGAGUCUCGAGCAGAUAUUAGUGGUCGGGUACAGUACCAGCCGCUAUCCAUCACAGCGGAAAGUCUAUAUGAUGAGAGCAGCAUCCGAGAAGAGACCGGCAGCCAGCGCUCCCGCACAGCAGAUGGCAUUCCCAUCGCCGUCCGAUGGGAAACUACCAGGGAAACGGCGCACACUGGCUACACUUUCACCAAGGCGAGUGUCGUGUGAAAGAUAGGGUGACGGGUACAGUAAUUCCAUUUGGACGAUGCUCAGAGCAGUCGGGUAUCGUCCAGUCGCGGCCACCUCCGAGACAGACGAGAAGGGGAGAGGAGUCGGAAAAAAUGCCGCAUUUUGAGGGAAACAGACUGGCUUGGGCACAAACUUCUUUCCAACAAGUCGCCGCAGAAGAAGAGGUGUGUAGUGUAUAUCUCAUCUCAUCUCCGCUCAUCCUGCCUGGCCUGCGAACGGAAACACGACGAAUGCGGUUCUUGGUGCAUACGAUCCCUCCGAGCACACUGUUCAAUUUGAAGGAGCAGGGGCAAAAGAAAAACCUCUUGGUAAUGACGGUGACAAUCAUCACCGAAACCAAAACUUGGAAGAUGCUUCGAUUCCUUCUCGCUAAGUUAAUAUAAAGACCAAACAUAAUAAUAACAAUACAGUAAUAGUAAACGAGGCAGAACGAGGGAGUUGCUUAUUAAUCAUGACGGGCAGAGUGC